UUCACUCAGUUUUGUCCACUGGAAACAUAACAAAAAUAAUACUCCUAUGCAUAAAAAAACCUGCAUGACCCAUCAUGGCCUUAAAAGGAACUUCUCAGAAUCAAAGGAAUGUGAAGCAUCUGUUCGAGUUGCGGAUCAUCCUUCUUGGAGGUCGAAAUUCUGGAAAGAACCUAGUAGGAAAUGGUAUCUUAAACCAAGAGGAGUUCUUCCUUCAUGAAAGGACCACAUGCCUGAAAAGAAAGGCGGAGGUACAAGGGAGAAGUGUGAUAGUGGUGGAUACACCAGGUUGGUGGUGUGAUUUCUCAGCACAAGACACACCAGAGCUGGUCAGGAGGGAAAUCAGACACAGCGUUUCCUUGUGUCACCCAGGGCCUCACAUCUUUCUUCUUGUGGUGAAAACAGACUCUGUGUUCAUAGAAAAGAGAAGGAGAGCUGUAGAAGAGCAUCUUGAACUCCUUGUUGGGGCAGUUUGGAAUCACACUAUAGUGCUGUUCACAAAGGGCAAAAAUGCAGGAAAUAAAUCAUUUGAGGAUCAUGUUCAGGCAUCAGGUAAACACCUCCAGUGGCUCCUGGAAAAGUGUAGUGGCAGGUUUCAUGUUUUCGAUACCAUGGAAACAUGCAAUGCCACCCAAGUAAUGGAACUAAUGGGGAAAAUUGAUCAAAUGUUGGCAGAAAAUGAAAGAUGCCAUUUUGAAAUGGAUGUGAAGACUUUACAAGAGACAGAGGACAAGAAGAGGGAAGUGGAGCUUAAGGCUCAUCAAAGACUGAUGAAUAUACAGAAACAGAGAUCUCUGAAGGUGCACUCAUCUCACCAGGAAAACAUAAGACUCAUCUUGCUUGGAGCUAAGGGCUCAGGGAAGAGCUCAACGGGAAACAGCGUUCUAGCCGCAGGAAGUGACCUAAGCUUUACAGUAAACAAGCGGACCACACAAUGCAUGAAGGAAACAUUCACAGUGGCAGGAAGACAGGUAACAGUUGUAGACACACCUGGCUGGUGGAUGAACUACUUUACCCAGGAUUCUUCAGCUUUUGACAAAGAGGAAAUAGUCAAGAGUGUAUACUUGUGUCCACCUGGUCCUCACGCUUUCCUUUUGGUGGUACGGGCGGACAGGUCAUUCACAGAGACCUACAGGAGAGCCAUUGAGGAGCACAUAGAGCUCAUUAGUAAGGACAUUUGGAAUCACUCUGUAGUGCUGUUCACCUUUGGGGACUGGCUUAGCGACACAACUAUAGAGCAGUACAUUGAAAGCGAAGGUAAGGCCCUCCAGUGGCUCGUGGAGAGAUGCAGAAACUGCUACCAUGUGCUAAAUAACAAGAGCCUUGGGAAUAAUUUCCAGAUCACAGAGCUACUGGAGAAGAUAGAGGAGAUGACAGCAGGAAGCCACUUUGAAACAGAUGAGAGUUGUUUUAAAGAGAUGAAGAGAAAACAGCAAGUAGAGGAAGACAGUGCAAAGAUCCGCCGUGAAAAUGUGCUGAGACGAAAACAAAGCUUGAGAGCUUUUAAGAAUAAAGUACAGUUGCCAUCAGUUAUAAGAGUAUUUCUUCUGGGCAGUAGACACUCUGGUAAGACAUCUUCUGCAAAUUGCAUUUUGGGUAAUGAUGGACAGGAGGCUGACAACCAAAACCUCAUGAGAGGUACUGUUAUACUCAAUGAGACAAAAGUUGAGGUCAUGGACACACCAGGCUGGACAACUGAGUGUCCAUAUAUUGCAGAGUUCAGAGGGCAACUUCUCCAUGACUGGGUUUCUGGUUCAGACAGAGGGAUUGGCAUCCUCCUGUUGGUUGUGAAUGCCAGUUCAUCAUUUACACUGAAGAACCUGAAAGCUGCUGAGUACCAUCUGUGUACUCUGGGAGGGAAAGCAUGGAGCAGCACUGUUGUGUUGUUCACACAUGGAGAUUGGCUCGGUGAUGUCAAUGUGGAGCAGUAUAUUGAAAGUGAAGGAGAUGCACUUCAGACAUUGGUGGAGAAAUGUGGAAAUAGAUAUCUGGUUUUCAACAAUAAGAUUAAAGACAAUGGCACUCAGGUCACAGAAUUGAUGCAGAAGAUAGAGGAGAUGAUGUUGGAACAAAUAUUAAAUAACGCAAAAAAUCUAGGGAAUAUCCAGCGACCUUUGGUAAAUGACAAAUUCAAGUUUGGUGGGAAGGUACAGAUUGGGGAAAUGCAAAAGACUCCUCUUAGAAGCUCUACAAACAUUCAUCAUGGUGAUACUGACAUUCAAGGAGAGCAUCAAAUGAUUGAGAUCUCUGAACAUUUGCUCCCAUCUACAUCCAGUUAUCCAAAAAUUACCACCACAGACUCCAUCGUUCCACCAAGUGAAAAUCAAGCAGUGUCCUGCAGGAGUUUCCGAUUAUCAAAUAGGACCUCAUUACCCAGAAACGUUCAUCAAAGACUAGUAGUGGUGCUCAACACCUCUGAAUGGUUUCACCCAAAUGAACCAUGGAGAGGUGUGAGUAGGACAGAUGCGCCUGAAACAGGUUCUCUUGCUGCAUUCAGUGUUUCUACAACCGAACAGCCAAUGAAUGUGCAACGAUUAUUCAGAAACGAAUCUCAGGGCGAAAGGUUUUGGGGGCCAUCUCUUCCAUAUUACCACAGGAAUACACCUUACACAUCUCAAACUGCAAAAGAAAAAGCCUUUAUGAGUUUUAUCCAAUCAGAGGACCUGCAGAACCUAAUUGACCAAUGGGGUGACAGUAACAUUGAGGAGCUGGAGGCAUUCAUAGAUUCUUAUUUUGAGAUGGUGUGGCAGGAGGCUAUAAAUGAGCCUAAUUGCAGCGGCAUGACUCCAAUCAACUCUGAAGGUUUAGGCAUCACUGAGAACGAUCAGGGACAUCUGGCGUCAAUUGACAGAAAACUGUCAAAGCUUGACAUCCUGGAGGGAGUGCAAAGAGACUUGCAGGAGCUGAAGCAAACAAUCAAGCACUUAAGUAAAAUAUUUCAGGAACUGAAGGACAGGACUAAAGAGACACACGACCCCACCCGAUCCUCUGAAGUAACUGCGUCAGCAGAAAGUGAGGAAACAGGUCGAUCAGAUGAAAAGUGAAUGCCUUUUCAGUACUGAAAUGGCAAAAAUAGAAAAUGUAUUAGUCAAGUUGGGUCACGACUAAAACUUCACCAUUUAAAGUGUAACAAGAUGGUGCAUUUUUCUCUCUGACAGAAAAAGAAUGCAAAAUAAAAUGUAAACAAA